AUGGAAUUAUUUAUAUCACCGUCUGAACCUCGAAGUGCAUUCGGACGGUUUCUUCGAUCUUUUGCAGUAGGAACCGAAAAUAACCUUUUAUUGGAGGUUUCUAGCGGUAAACAAGUCAAAUCAUCAGAAACACGCAAUCUUUUGAAGGACGCCAUUGCAUUGUUGUUUUUCUUUUCUGGUAUCCAGUGCACGUUAGUUAUGAUGGGCUUUUUACAAGAGCGCAUUAUCACAAGAGGAUAUACAGUACAUAAUUCCGAUGUAAUAGAUCGAUUUGGCGAUGCUCAGUUUUUGGUAUUCUGUAAUCGUGUUGUGGCCAUAUUUGUAUGCUCCAUCGUCCUCUAUCUAACGUGGAGGAAACAACCUCCUCAUGUGCAACCGCUCUACGUUCAUUCAUACACCUCGAUAUCAAAUACUAUGUCAACUUGGUGCCAAUAUGAAGCACUUAAAUACGUCUCUUUUCCCACUCAGACAAUUUGCAAAACUUCCAAAGUGGUAGUGACGAUGUUGAUGGGCUUGGUAUUACGCGGUCAGAGUUACUCAUGGCAAGAAUGGGGUUGUGGUGGGGCUGUAGGUUUGGGUGCCAGCCUUUUCCUUCUGAGCAGCGGUCGCAGCCGUGCUGAAGGCGUCGUGACAUCGGUUUCUGGCAUCCUCCUAAUGGCUGGGUAUUUGCUGUUUGAUUCUUAUACUUUGAAUUAUCAAAAGAAACUUUUUGACAAAAAGCCGAAGAUUUCGAAAUACCAGAUGAUGAUGGGUGUAAACGUAUUCUCAGCGAUCCUCUGUGCUGUUUCCUUAAUUGAGCAAGGAACACUGUUUUCAUCAAUCGAGUUUGCUCUUCGUCACGAUAAUUUCGCUCGAGACUCAUUUUUUCUAAGUUUGUCAGGUGCUACAGGGCAGCUUUUUAUCUACUCCACCAUUGAGAAGUUUGGACCAAUCGUUUUUGCGGUGAUGAUGACCAUAAGACAGAUGCUGUCAAUCCUCUUGUCAUCAUUUUACUAUGGUCAUGCUCUAUCUAGUUGGUCCUUGAUAGGUUUCGCUAUAGUAUUCACAGCGAUAUUCUUGGAUAUUUAUCGAAGGUACUUCGAAAGACGAAGGGUAACCAAGCAGUAA